GAAUAGGACCGGUCUGGUAGAUCAGCAUUGAGCAGUGAGCGAGGACUGAACUCCUCAUCUCUGUUUCUGGAGCUUCCUCAAGCUUUAGACUUUAGACCUAAUAAUGGAAUCUUUCACCUCGUCGGCGGCAAUGGCCCAAAAAACCUGGGAGAUAGAGAACAACGUCGAGACAAUGGAGUUGCCUCCAACGUCGGCCGACUCCUCCGCAUCAGCGUCGUCGGACGCCAUAUUUUACUACGACGAGACUGCACAGACCAAGUUCCAACAGGAGAAGCCAUGGACCAACGAUCCACACUACUUCAAGCGCGUCAAGGUCUCCGCGCUUGCCCUCCUAAAGAUGGUCGUACACGCGCGCUCCGGUGGCACCAUCGAGGUUAUGGGCCUUAUGCAGGGUAAAACCGACGGCGACGCCAUAAUUGUCAUGGAUGCUUUUGCUCUCCCAGUCGAAGGCACUGAGACUAGGGUUAAUGCCCAGGCCGAUGCCUAUGAGUACAUGGUCGACUAUUCCCAAACCAAUAAACAGGCUGGUCGAUUGGAGAAUGUUGUCGGCUGGUAUCAUUCCCAUCCUGGUUAUGGAUGCUGGCUGUCUGGUAUUGAUGUUUCUACGCAAAUGCUAAACCAGCAAUUUCAGGAACCCUUUCUGGCAGUAGUUAUUGAUCCAACAAGAACAGUCUCUGCUGGGAAAGUUGAGAUUGGUGCGUUCAGAACAUACCCAGAGGGAUAUAAGCCGCCAGAUGAACCAGUCUCUGAGUAUCAGACUAUCCCCUUGAACAAAAUUGAAGAUUUUGGAGUGCACUGCAAACAGUAUUACUCUUUGGACAUCACAUACUUCAAAUCCUCUUUGGACUCUCAUCUUUUGGAUCUUCUGUGGAAUAAGUAUUGGGUGAACACACUUUCUUCAUCUCCUUUACUUGGUAAUGGAGACUAUGUUGCAGGACAGAUUUCAGAUCUUGCUGAAAAGUUAGAACAAGCUGAGAACCAACUAUCCCAUUCGAGAUUUGGACCACUUAUGGCUCCUUCACAAAGGAAAAGAGAGGAGGAAUCUCAACUUGCUAAGAUUACUUGUGAUAGUUCGAAGAUAACAGUUGAGCAGGUUCAUGGUCUUAUGUCACAGGUUAUCAAGGACAUCCUUUUCAACACCGUACGUCAAUCUAACGGAUCUAGGACAGAGCCCUCUGGCCCGGAACCUAUGGUUGAGGCGUGAACUUUAUAUAAUCUCCCUCUGUCUUGUUCAUUGGAAGUUUAGGUUUGUCGGUGGUCUCUGAUAUACUAGUUUGAUUAGCAAAAGAAUAGAUACAAAACUGUAAUCUAAUGGCUUUUGACUGCUGAACUAGUCUCAAUGUGCUUUUGAAUGCGAGUAGAUUUUGCCCUGCUGAACUAGAUUCUUCAUAUGCCUUGUUAUUAUAUACUUUAAACUCGUGGUUUUGAUCUGGUGGAGUAAUUACGCCACCUCCAUAAAUUCAACAUAGCGGAAACAUGUGAUGCUUUUUCCAUACGGAAUUGG